UGCUUCUCCGGCGACUUGACGGCGAAGCUCGUCCCCCGCCAGCGUUCAACCGUCCUUCUCCGCCGGCCAUACCCACGUUACGUCCGGAAGCGUUUCGCCGCCGCCCCCUCCCCUCGCGGGCCUCCUGUAGCUGAAGCAAGCGCUCGCCGCUAGGCCGCAUCGUCUCGUCUGGAACCCUAAUCGUCCAUCAAGGGAGGCGCCGCAAGUCGGAGCCCCUCCCAGUCGUUGGGUCGAACCGGGACCGAGGGCAAUGGAAUCGGAGGUACAGAGGGCGGAGAUGCUGCUGGCGCCGACGAUGGCGUUCAAGAAGGUGCAGAUGGCGGACAAGUACCCCAAGGGCCAGUCCCGCGGCCGCCAGUGGAAGCACCUGCGCUUCCUCCUCCAGGCCGCCGACGCCACCUCGCUUCCCCCGGACCGCCCCAACUAUCUAAAUAUUCAGUCACCGCCAUCCAUUUAUCCACCAAAGAGAUACUGUGACGUAACAGGUUUUGAGGCACCAUACGUGGAUCCUAGGACGAAGCUACGUUAUGCUGAUCCAGAAGUGUUCAAGCAAAUCAGAAAUCUUCCUGAUGAAUAUGUCCAAAGAUAUCUGGCCUUGAGGAAUGCAGCAGUUGUACUACGAUGACAAAUUCCCCAAGUUACUGGAACUAUUCUACUAGCAAGUAUCCAGCUCUGUAAUCCGAAUGGAGGUUGUUUGCCUGCUAAUUGUGCUGCUGCUCGUAUGAGCAUUCUGAAUGUAGACCGAGGGUACUGAAUUAUUUUAUCAUUUCAAUGAAAUAUUUUGCCCAUA